GCUCCAGCCCGCGGUUUACGGGGUGAUCCUGCUGCCGCAAGGCACCGCCCGAGCGGAGGGCAGAUGUCAGCUUGCGCCCACUCCACCUCGGCAGCCGGGCCGCCUCUCUAUUCCUGUGAAGCGUCCGCCGCGGCACCUCGCGCGGCGACGCGCGGCCGCGCGACAGAGGAGCUGGCGGCGUGAGGCAGCGGCCGCGUCGAGGGCACCCUCCCGCAGAGGCUGCUGCGCUGGUGGGCUCGCCCGCCGCCCCCCCAGGCCGCCACGUCCUCGCUCCCCGCCCCGGAACGCCGCACGGGCGCCCGCGCCGCAAGAAGGCGAUGCCCGGCGACAGAGCGAGCCCACGGCGACAGAGCGAGCCGUGGAGGCUGCCGGGUCGCGUGCUGUGCGGAGGCGCUGCGGGCGCGACCGCCGAUGGCAGGGCCUGCGGGACUGCGGGCCAGACGCCGCUCUCGGACGGCUCGCCCGCCACCCCGGACGAGGGCGUGCGCCAGCCGCUCUCGCGCCACGCCGCGUCCCUCGGCGUGCCCGAGGGGAGCCCGAAGUACGUGGGCUCGUACGCGGUGCUGCGCGACUUCUUGAGGGAGUGCUGCGAGGGGCUGCCCGGGCCGCUCGGCGCCGCCCGGCACCAGCAGCUGCUGGGCGCGGUGGAGGACCUGUCUGGGCGCUGCUCUCACCGCGUCAACACGGGCCAGGCCUUCUUCAGGGGCUGCGACCGCGACUUCGCCUCGGUGUUGCCUGGGUUCGGGAUCUCCUUCGAGGAGGACCCCGCCUGCGCCCAGUGCGGCAACGUCUUCAUGCCCGACGCGCGCUUCUGCCGGAAGUGCGGCGCCGCACGACACCGGGGGGACAACGAGUCGAUGGACAGCUGGGCCACCUCGUCGUUUGUUCGGGUCUCGUCGCCGGAGCCCACCUCGAGGCGGAGGCUGCCGCUGGAGGCCCUCGACGACUCUGGCCUGCAGGGCGGCAUCCGGAGCAGAGGCACCAGCCAAGCCUCGUGCUCCCCACCGCGAUACCGAGGUGGAGGCGGAGGUGCACCCAGUGAAGACUCCGACUUGGCCACCCUCAGGUCGAUUGAUUUCGAUAAGCGUUCCAGGGGCGACAUCGAUCUGGACGUCGCCCUGCUGUCGGUCGCCUUCAAGUCACCCUUCGGGCUGCUGGAGCGCUACAACAUCGAGGAGAGUGUGCUACGCUGUUGGAUGGGCGCGUCUGCAAGGCAGUACAAUGCCAACCCAUACCACGAUUGGAGGCACGCCGUCGACACAGUCCAGUUUGCAUAUGUGGCCUUGACGGAAGGGCAGUUCUGCAGGUAUUUCAGCUAUCACGACAUAUUGGCUCUCCUCAUCGCUUGCGUGGGCCACGACGUUGGGCACAUGGGCACGAACAAUGCCUUCCUGGUGAAGACCUCCCACUCACUCGCGAUGACAUACAACGACAUAUCGCCUCUGGAGAACAUGCACGCCCACAGGGUCUUCCAGACGUUCAGGCUGCCGGGCAUGAACGUGCUGGAAAGUAUAGAGUCGGAUGCGGCAACUACGCUCCGCUCGAAGAUAAUCGAGGCGAUCUUGGCGACGGACAUGUCUCACCACUUCGAGCUGGUGGAGAAGCUCUCCGCCCGGGUGCUGCGGAGCUCCGACCAGCCGCUGGCCACAGAGUUCGAGACCGACAUGAAGAUGCGGGAGGCGAGCAGGGUCGACAGGCGCAUGCUCCUGCAGUGCUGCGUCCACGUGUUCGACCUCGGGCACACCUGCAGGCCAUGGAGGGUGCACAGGCACAUGGGCGACGGGAGAAAGCAGGGUCGUCUGCGCCGACGCUGGCGCGUAAGCUGCCCGCGUCAGGUCGCGCGUGAGCACCUUCGUCUGCAAUGCAGCGUGCCGCGCUGGCGGCCCGCGUAGGCCACCGCGCAGGAUAGCUAUGCCAUCUCGCGUA